GGCGACAGCACAGGUUGAUGGCACCUUUGAGCUGGGAAUCUGCGAAUGCCACUCACCGAGUGGUGCCUUUUGCACCAAAUUAAUCCUCUCGAAUCUGAGCAUAAGCGGCUUCCAGAACUCGAGUUUUAUUGCGCUACCGGACUUAGAAGAGUUGGACCUAUCCCACAACACCCUGGGCCAGAUAGACCUGGCCCUCCUCCCAGCCAAUCUCAAGCAUUUAAACCUCAGCGCAGUGGGCAUUGCCGAGCUCUCCUUCGGGGACAGUACGCUCAGAUCGUCUUCGGAGCUCGAAGUCGUUGACGUAUCGUACAACGCAUUAGCCGACGUGGACGUAGGACUGGUGCCGCACUCACUGCUAUCGCUGAAUGCCAGCCACAACAGAAUCUCAAUGAUAUGGCCCGGGGCUAUGAGGUUGGUUCAACUCAAUCCGUUUGUCGCCCUUGAGCGAAUGAACCUGUCCUCCAACGCCCUCACGACAGUCGACUUGAGCGUCUUUCCGCAAUCCAUUAGAUGGCUGGACAUCAGUAACAACUCCAUGACCGAGUU